AUGGCGAAUCCUGAAGAAACGCUCGACAAGCCAAAGAGUAAAAAGGUGUUUCUAAACCACAUUGAUUGCUUUCAGGGCAAAAACAUCGGCAAGUUCCUCUCAGGAUGUGUUGUUGGCGCCACACUAGACCCCGCCGGAGCAGACGACCGAGCUAGAGCCGCCAGCGUCCUCACCGACGACAUGAAGAGCAACAAGGAAAUAUACGAGAUCGUGGGCACUGCAAAAGACAGAGAUAAGCCGAAGCCGGACUUCGCCAAAGAGAUUGUUCAGUACGACAACCAGAUGCAACUCUAUGAGUACCUGGUGGAGUGUGAUAUCAUCAUAUACGAUAUUACAGAUGACGCCGACCAGAUACCGGAGGCUGUCUGGAUCAUCACAGAAAUGUACUCGGAUCUGGACAAGAUCGAGAAGCCCAAAGUGUUUAUCCUGAUCUCCACCUGCAUGACCUGGUCAAGAACAGCAGUGCCAGAAACGGAAUCCGGAGACGAUAUGUUUACAGAGGAUGAUUACAGAAAGAGGAAGCCUCAUCCGAACUUUAAGGAGCACAUUCAUGCAGAAAAGACCGUGCUCAGGCUGGGAAAGAUGAACAAAGCCAAGUUAUCGACUUUUGUUAUCUGUUCUGGAUUGACAUAUGGUGCCGAGGAGGACAGACUGCACCAUCUGUUCAAGGCGGCCUGGCACAACGCCCCAUACUUGCAGUGUUUUGGAGACGGCCAAAACUUUGUACCCACAAUCCACAUCCGAGAUCUGGCAGCAAUUGUCCAGAAUGUGGUUGACGGUUGGUCAAAAUUCCACUAUAUUAUAGCUAAAGACAGCUCCCAUAAUACCUUGGAAGACAUUGUCAAGGCAAUCAGCGACAAUCUGGGCUCCAAGAAGAUCAAGUACAUCUCCAAGGAAGAAGCGUUUUUCAACAGUGGUGUUGAGGUGA